AUGGAAAGCGAAACGCAAGUACUACAUGCAAAUGCGGCAGACGGUAUUUCAAGACCUAGUUCGACGCCUACGCCAGAGUCAACAUCGUUGGCUCACCAACCCUUUGCCAAUCUCGCGUCGUUGGCCACGAGCACUGCCAGCGGCACGACAACAACACCCCUGGUAUCAAGAGAUGUUUUAAUGCACCAGCCUCCGCCUGCUGUGCACAUGGAAGGCUCUCCUGCAGCUACUAGCGGCGGACCGGGAGGCAUGACACAAACCGACACGAUGAUGGCAACUAACGCUUCCUCGCAGCCUACUUGUCAGAACUGCGGCACUUCACGGACACCUCUAUGGCGUCGCGACGAGUUUGGCUCAGUCCUCUGCAACGCAUGUGGUCUCUUUCUUAAGCUGCAUGGCCGUCCGCGCCCUGCCUCUUUAAAGACGGAUGUCAUAAAGAGCCGUAAUCGCGUCAAGACUAUGCGCCCCGAUCUGGUAUCAAAGAAAAAGCAGCAAGCCCAUGGCUUCGCAACGGUCGGCGACACGAACGGUGUUGAGCAUGCCGCAGCUCAAGCAGCCGAGGCCAUGCGCCGCUCCAAAGUCAACGGCACCGACGGACUCGACUCGUCGCUCUCUAGGAAUGGCACCCCCUCGAUGUACAACAGCUCCCUCUCGUCCUUUAUGGUGGAUGAUGCGACGUAUCAGCAGGCCGUUUCUGGCUACAAUGGCGAAGUUCAUAAUGGCUCGUCACUGAAUGGAGACCGCGCCUCUGACGGACCUCAAUCACAAGAGCAGCUCAUUGCCCUCAACUCGAGCCUCAAGACCCGAGUCAGCGAGCUAGAAGUAAUCAACGAGCUCUUCCGCGGUAGACUUAGCCAGUUGGAGCAACAAGAGGCAGCUGCUAGGCACGGACAGGAACUGGCCGACGCUGAGCAGAGUCAACUGCGCACGCAACUGGAAACCACGCAGCUCAAUGAAGCGCAGCUUCACGAGCAGUUGGAGGACAGUCACAGACGCGAAAACAAUUUGAAGCGUCGCCUGGACGAAUUGGAGCUGGAACUCAAGGCGGCACAGGAAGCGGCCGGUGAAGAGCCAAAGCGCCCGGCCAAAAAAGCUCGCGUGGAGCCGCCCGCUGCAGAGCCUACAAGCGAGUCCGCGGACGAGGUUGUCUCGGAUGCUACUGAAGAGCCGAGUGCAAGUGCCGAAGAAGAGACAAGCGAAGAGUCUACGAUAAAGCCCGAAGCUAUCGAGACUGUCGAAGCUUCCGCGUGA